UCUUGGUGGUGGGGGGGGGGAAAAAAACCAUCAGCAAAAACAAAAAGAGACAGAAAAGGGGUUUCCGUUUCGCCUUCAGAUUUGGGUCUUUUAUAUAAAUAUAUUUUUUUUAGUGAAACUCGAUUUUUUUUUCCUCCGCGUGAUCGAAUGUCUAAUCCACGAAUCCCUUUCGGAACAUCUGCAAAAGUGGAGAACGGGACGAGAAGGAAAAGGAAAGAAAGCCGAGAUCAUAUCACAGUAGCGGGGGGGAAAAACGUCUUUAAAGCCGGAAUCCCAUCAAAGCAGCUAAAAAAGAUUUUGCUCAAUUCCUAUUAACAAACUAAGGAUAUAACUGCAUGAAUGGCUGCUGUGGAUGACUUCAAGUUCCAAGGAAAUGUUUGUUUUUCAGAAUUUGACGAUGCAGCCAACUUGUUGGCAGCCAAUCCAGAUGCCGUCACUAUAAGUAUUGAUGAACCUACUGAAAAACCAAAGAAAAAACAUGGACGUCUGCAUGAAUCUGGAAGAGAAGAAGACGAUGAACUUCUGGGGACAGAUGAUUCUGAUAAAACUGAGUUGCUUGCUGGGCAGAAGAAAAGUGCUCCAUUCUGGACAUUUGAAUAUUAUCAGACAUUUUUUGAUGUGGAUACGUACCAGGUUUUGGACAGAAUCAAAGGUUCUGUAUUUCCAGUGCCAGGGAAAAACUUCGUGAGACUGUACAUUCGGAGUAAUCCUGAUCUUUAUGGUCCAUUUUGGAUAUGUGCCACGCUAGUCUUUGCUGUUGCAAUUAGUGGUAACCUUUCAAAAUUCUUCAUCCAUCUGGGUAAACAUGAUUUUCAUUACGUGCCAGAUUUCCGCAAAGUCUCCAUAGCUGCGACAGCCAUCUAUGCUUAUGCUUGGCUAGUUCCUCUUGCUCUCUGGGGAUUCCUUAUGUGGAGAAACAAUAAAGUUGUGAACAUUGUCUCCUACUCCUUUCUUGAGAUUGUGUGUGUUUAUGGCUAUUCACUCUUCAUUUAUAUACCAACAGCGAUUUUAUGGAUCAUUCCACAGAAAAUUCUCCGAUGGGUUCUGGUGGCAUUUGCUCUGUGUCUUUCAGGAUCUGUUCUAGUAAUGACAUUUUGGCCUGCCGUUAGAGAUGACAACCGGAGAAUCGCAAUGGCUACAAUUGUGACAGUUGUCCUUCUUCAUGCCUUACUGGCUGUUGGUUGUUUGGCAUACUUUUUUGAUGCGCCUGAACUGGAAGUCCUUUCAUUGACGACAGUGCUUCCACCUAAUGGAACAAUAGAAGUAACAAAGGCUCAGUAAAUAAGGAGAUUUCUAUGAAUCAGCUGACUUGGUGUGCUUUGUGCUUUGUUGCUGCACAAAGAGAAGCAACCCGAAAUGAAACCUGGACCAGGAGGAAAGUUUGAGUGGGAUUUUGUGUCUCUAGAUACUGCUUGAAUGCAGACACACUGUCUAUAAAAACGUAUACAGUCUGCUUUUAUGUAAAAUAUCACAGAAGGAAAUGGAGAACAAUUUUAAAACUUUCCAAAUUAAACUAAUUACUGUUGAACAUUUGUUGUCUUUAGGAACCAUGUUUUUUUUUUAUUAAAUCAACUGUACUUACAGUUUUGUAGGGGAUGGCUUCCUUCCUGUGCUAUAAUGACCUGCUGAUGCUCAUGUAGUAAUGAUAUGACAGAAGAAUUCUCCAGUGUGGGGCUACUACAGGUAAUCCUUGAUUUACAACCACAGUUGAGCCCAAAAUUUCUGUUGCUAAGUGAGACAGUUGUUAAGUGAAUUUUGCUUCAUUUUGCAAUCUUCCUUGCUACAGCUGUUAAGUGAAUCACUGCAGUUGAUAAGCUGGUAACACGGUUGUUAAGUGAAUCCGGCUUCCCCACUGAUUUUGCUUGUCAAAAGGUUGCAAAAGGUGAUCACGUGACCUUGGUAAACAGCAACGGUCAUAAGUCUGAGCCAGUUGCCAAGCUUCUAAAUUUUGAUCACAUGACCACAGGAAUGCUGCAAUGGUUGUAAGUAUGAAAAAGGGUCACUUUUUUCAAUGCUGUUGUAACUUCAGUUACUAAAUGAACAGUUGUAAGUCAAGGACUAUCUAUAUGUGAAAUGAUCUCUCACUGAAAUUGGACAGGUUCUUACUUUGUCAACAAAGACCAUUUUGUUCUGGCACUUCUACUAUUUCUUCAAUUUUACUACACCAAGAAUAGUAGAAUUACCUUGGCUUUCAUUUUUUAAUGAACUUAUUUCACUGUAUCUUAUCGUUCUUUUGAUCAUUUUAUUGUAAAUCUAAUGUGUUUUUAAUAAAAUGAAAUGCUCUAUAUACAUUUUUAAA